ACUUCCGCGGAGGUCCUGCCUCUCCCUGCGGACGGGCGCUGAUUGGCCCGUUUGAAAUGCGCCAGGCGGGAGCUCACCUGGGCUCUUAGCGUCGCCGCCGGCUUCGCAGAGCACCGCGCCUUAGCCGCGGAGUUCUAGUUCUUGCUGCCGGUCCUAACGUCCCGCAGUCUUCGCCAGCCAGCCGUCCCGCACGCGCGUUUGGGCGGCGUGGAGCCUGCUGCCAUGAAGUCAGCGAGAGCUAAGACACCCCGGAAACCUACCGUGAAAAAAGGGUCCCAAACGAACCUUAAAGACCCAGUUGGGGUAUACUGUAGGGUGCGCCCACUGGGCUUUCCUGAUCAAGAGUGUUGCAUAGAAGUGAUCAAUAAUACAACUGUUCAGCUUCAUACUCCUGAGGGCUACAGACUCAACCGAAAUGGAGACUAUAAGGAGACUCAGUAUUCAUUUAAACAAGUAUUUGGCACUCACACCACCCAGAAGGAACUCUUUGAUGUUGUGGCUAAUCCCUUGGUCAAUGACCUCAUUCAUGGCAAAAAUGGUCUUCUUUUUACAUAUGGUGUGACGGGAAGUGGAAAAACUCACACAAUGACUGGUUCUCCAGGGGAAGGAGGGCUGCUUCCUCGUUGUUUGGACAUGAUCUUUAACAGUAUAGGGUCAUUUCAAGCUAAACGAUAUGUUUUCAAAUCUAAUGAUAGGAAUAGUAUGGAUAUACAGUGUGAGGUUGAUGCCUUAUUAGAACGUCAGAAAAGAGAAGCUAUGCCCAAUCCAAAGACCUCUUCUAGCAAACGACAAGUAGAUCCAGAGUUUGCAGAUAUGAUAACUGUACAAGAAUUCUGCAAAGCAGAAGAGGUUGAUGAAGAUAGUGUCUAUGGUGUAUUUGUCUCUUAUAUUGAAAUAUAUAAUAAUUACAUAUAUGAUCUAUUGGAAGAGGUGCCGUUUGAUCCCAUAAAACCCAAACCUCCACAAUCUAAAUUGCUUCGUGAAGAUAAGAACCAUAACAUGUAUGUUGCAGGAUGUACAGAAGUUGAAGUGAAAUCUACUGAGGAGGCUUUUGAAGUUUUCUGGAGAGGCCAGAAAAAGAGACGUAUUGCUAAUACCCAUUUGAAUCGUGAGUCCAGCCGUUCCCAUAGCGUGUUCAACAUUAAAUUAGUUCAGGCUCCCUUGGAUGCAGAUGGAGACAAUGUCUUACAGGAAAAAGAACAAAUCACUAUAAGUCAGUUGUCCUUGGUAGAUCUUGCUGGAAGUGAAAGAACUAACCGGACCAGAGCAGAAGGGAACAGAUUACGUGAAGCUGGUAAUAUUAAUCAGUCACUAAUGACGCUAAGAACAUGUAUGGAUGUCCUAAGAGAGAACCAAAUGUAUGGAACUAACAAGAUGGUUCCAUAUCGAGAUUCAAAGUUAACCCAUCUGUUCAAGAACUACUUUGAUGGGGAAGGAAAAGUGCGGAUGAUCGUGUGUGUGAACCCCAAGGCUGAAGAUUAUGAAGAAAACUUGCAAGUCAUGAGAUUUGCGGAAGUGACUCAAGAAGUUGAAGUAGCAAGACCUGUAGACAAGGCAAUAUGUGGUUUAACGCCUGGGAGGAGAUACAGAAACCAGCCUCGAGGUCCAGUUGGAAAUGAACCAUUGGUUACUGACGUGGUUUUGCAGAGUUUUCCACCUUUGCCAUCAUGCGAAAUUUUGGAUAUCAACGAUGAGCAGACACUUCCAAGGCUGAUUGAAGCCUUAGAGAAACGACAUCACCUACGACAAAUGAUGAUUGAUGAGUUUAACAAACAAUCUAAUGCUUUUAAAGCUUUGUUACAAGAAUUUGACAAUGCUGUUUUAAGUAAAGAAAACCACAUGCAAGGGAAACUAAAUGAAAAGGAGAAGAUGAUCUCAGGACAGAAAUUGGAAAUAGAACGACUGGAAAAGAAAAACAAAACUUUAGAAUAUAAGAUUGAGAUUUUAGAGAAAACAACUACUAUCUAUGAGGAAGAUAAACGCAAUUUGCAACAGGAACUUGAAACUCAGAACCAGAAACUUCAGCGACAGUUUUCUGACAAACGCAGAUUAGAAGCCAGGUUGCAAGGCAUGGUGACAGAAACGAAAAUAAAGUGGGAGAAAGAAUGUGAGCGUAGAGUGGCAGCCAAACAGCUGGAGAUGCAGAAUAAACUCUGGGUUAAAGAUGAAAAGCUGAAACAACUGAAGGCUAUUGUUACCGAACCUAAAACUGAGAAGCCAGAGAGACCCUCUCGGGAGCGAGAUCGAGAAAAAGUUACUCAAAGAUCUGUUUCUCCAUCACCUGUGCCUCUUUCUAGUAACUAUAUUGCUCAGAUUUCCAACGGCCAGCAACUCAUGAGCCAGCCACAGCUACAUAGGCGCUCUAACUCUUGCAGCAGCAUUUCUGUAGCUUCCUGUAUUUCGGAAUGGGAGCAGAAAAUUCCUACGUACAACACACCUCUCAAAGUCACAUCUAUUGCAAGGCGUAGGCAGCAGGAGCCAGGACAAAGCAAAACUUGUAUCGUGUCAGACAGAAGGCGAGGGAUGUACUGGACUGAAGGCAGGGAGGUGGUUCCUACAUUCAGAAAUGAGAUAGAAAUAGAAGAGGAUCAUUGCGGCAGGUUACUCUUUCAACCUGAUCAGAACGCACCACCAAUUCGUCUCCGACACAGACGAUCACGCUCUGCAGGAGACAGAUGGGUAGAUCAUAAGCCCGCCUCUAACAUGCAAACUGAAACAGUCAUGCAGCCACAUGUCCCUCAUGCCAUCACAGUAUCUGUUGCAAAUGAAAAGGCACUAGCUAAGUGUGAGAAGUACAUGCUGACCCACCAGGAACUAGCCUCCGAUGGGGAGAUUGAAACUAAACUAAUUAAGGGUGAUAUUUAUAAAACAAGGGGUGGUGGACAAUCUGUUCAGUUUACUGAUAUUGAGACUUUAAAGCAAGAAUCACCAAAUGGUAGUCGAAAACGAAGAUCUUCCACAGUAGCACCUGCCCAACCAGAUGGUGCAGAGUCUGAAUGGACCGAUGUAGAAACAAGGUGUUCUGUGGCUGUGGAGAUGAGAGCAGGAUCCCAGCUGGGACCUGGAUAUCAGCAUCACGCACAACCCAAGCGCAAAAAGCCAUGAACUGACAGUCCCAGUACUGAAAGAACAUUUUCAUUUGUGUGGAUGAUUUCUCGAAAGCCAUACCAGAAGCAGUCUUCCAGGUCAUCUUGUAGAACUCCAGCUUUGUUGAAAAUCACGGACCUCAGCUACAUCAUACACUGACCCAGAGCAAAGCUUUCCCUAUGGUUCCAAAGACAACUAGUAUUCAACAAACCUUGUAUAGUAUAUGUUUUGCCAUAUUUAAUAUUAAUAGCAGAGGAAGACUCCUUUUUUCAUCGCUGUAUGAAUUUUUUAUAAUGUUUUUUUAAAAUAUAUUUCAUGUAUACUUAUAAACUAAUUCACACAAGUGUUUGUCUUAGAUGAUUAAGGAAGAAUAUAUCUAGAUCAUGUCUGAUUUUUUAUUGUGACUUUUCCAGCCCUGGUCUGAAUUUCUUAAGGUUUUAUAAACAAAUGCUGCUAUUUAUUAGCUGCAAGAAUGCACUUUAGAACUAUUUGACAAUUCAGACUUUCAAAAUAAAGAUGUAAAUGACUGGCCAAUAAUAACCAUUUUAGGAAGGUGUUUUGAAUUCUGUAUGUAUAUAUUCACUUUCUGACAUUUAGAUAUGCCAAAAGAAUUAAAAUCAAAAGCACUAAGAAA